AUGGGAGACCUGGAGUGUGGGUUUGAGGAAAUGCAAGGAGUGAGACUGGGAUACCUGCUCAUCAAAGGGAAGCAAAUGUUUGCUUUGUCUCAGGUCUUCACCGACCUGCUGAAGAACAUCCCUCGGACCACGGUGCACAAGCGCAUGGACUACCUGAAGGUGAAGAAGCACCAGUGCGACCUGGAGGAGCUCCGGAAGCUCAAGGCAAUAAACUCCAUUGCUUUCCACGCCGCCAAGUGCACCCUCAUAUCGCGGGAGGACGUGGAGGCUCUGUACAUCUCCUGCAAGACGGAGCGGGUGUUGAAGUCGGCAAAGAAGAGGAACGCGAAAGCGGCGUGCCGCCGCGCGGACGGCGAGGAGGAGCACGCGCCGCCGGGCGUCCUGCGCGCGGACGCGGAGCUGAUGUGGAAGGAAAAAGUUUGGUUCAGUUUGCACGGCGUCCCGCAGAACCUCGCGCUGCACGGCAGAACGGGGAGGAGAAGGGAGCUGGGUCCUUCCUCUUGCCUUACCGACGCCAAACUACCUCAGUUUUACCACAAAGCCCACGGACGGGAUUACCGUUGGACGGCUAAAUCCAGCCACAAACACUUUAAAAACUAUGAAACCGACAAAUCUGCAGGGAACAGACUCGCUGUGAGCCAAAGGCACGCGCAUUUCCGGCAGCCGGUGCUGUUUCCGUCCCCCGCCGCAGCGGCAGCUCAGUCCAGGCUCUCGCGCUCAGCCGGCGAGCCGCUCCACAAAAGGAAGAGGAGGCGCGAGGGGGGCGGCCGGAGCAAACACGCGCAUCUGCACGCGCCGCCGGUGCUGCUGGUCCAGCCCAAAACCUCUGGAGCUUCUUUCGGCGCUUUCCACCUCCCCCCGGAUUUCUAUCUGGACCCGCGACCGCACCACCAUCACCACCACCACCACCAUCAUCACCACCACCACCACGGCAACAGCAACAACGAGUCCGACUUCCCGGAGAGCAGCGACACCGAGUCCUGCAGCACAUACUCGGACCCGCCGUGCCGGGACUCGGACUUCGGCUCCGGCUUCUCCAGCAGCAGCAGCAACAGCUCCGAGGAGGAGGAGGAGGAGGAGGACGAGGAUGACACCCCGUCGGAAAGCUCAGAGGUCAGUUCAGAUGAAGACGAGGAGAGCUCGUCUCAGUCCGACUCCAGCUCCGUUUCAAGUCGGGUUUCGGUCCAAAGCAUCCGGUUCAGACGUGCGCGGGUGGGUCUCCACCCCGGUAAAGCGCCCUUGGUUCUGCAGCCCACCUUUCGCUACGACGACCACCAGCAGCACAGGACGCUGAGUCAUGCCGACAGCAGGCAGAGCAAACAUCAAAAAUGCGACUUUGGUGGAGCGAGAAAGGACUCUUUGCAGUUCAGUCCGGCUGCGGAGGGGCGCGUUUUCACCGAGCCCGCAAAAGGCAAAGGGCGUGAGGCCGAUCCGAGCAGGGCUGAGGAGGAGCCGGUCCCUUACGACCCGAGCGAGGCCUCUCACGCAGCCUCGUUCGGGUGCCGGGGGUUCGACCCUGGCAAGCUCCAAAAAGCCGCCGACAAGCGGGAGAAGCCGAAGCCGAGCCCUCCGCCGAAAAGAAUAAAGACCGAGCCCGAGGAGCCCCCCGCGACCGCCUUCCCCCACGCCGACAGCGGCAGGACAGCCUUCAGCCUCGGCAACGUGAAGGUGAAAGUGGAGGAAAGCUGCGACGAGUAUGAAUACCUGCAGAGCCCGGCCGCCGCGCUCAAAUGCAAAGGAGAUAGGGCGGAUCUCGGCGGAGCCGUCAGACACGGAGGCUUUCCCAGCAGCGGGAUUAAAGCCGCGGAGAAAAGCCCAGACGCGGCCCCCAGGUCCCCCUGCGGUCCUCAGCAGCGCAGGAGCAGCCAGGACGCUCCGUGCGCGGAGGAGGGGGAGCAGCAGCAGCAGCAGCAGAGAAACAAAACCUGCAGGGCUCCGGGGCGGGAGGCCAAGAAACCCCGAGUUUCCAGGGCGCACAUAAAGCAGAACGUGCCCGAAGUCAACAAGGCUCCCUCUUCCUCCUCCUCGUCUUCUUCGUCCUCUUCAGCCGCGGAGGAUUUACGCAGCAGACGCAAACGCAGCACCGCCAGCGGCGCAGCAGCGGCGGCGGCGGCGGCUGCCCUCGCUAAGACGCCUUUCAGCCUCAUGGCAAACUUCCCAUCCCCGCCGUCGCUCCUCGUUGACAGCAACGGGGAUUUGUGCCCUGCUUACUCCCUGAGCUCGCUGAGGGGCCCCGGGCCUCCUCCUCCGUCCCACCCCGUGUGGAGGUGGCAGCCAGGCGGCCAGAUUCUCCCUCCCCCACAGCACACUCAGAGAACGAGGAAAUACUGAGCUGAGCUGAGAGAAGAAAAAAAAAAGCCCCAACGAUGUCAGUCUCAAACCAAACACGUAGCCUGUGAUCACUCACCCUUUUGCCUUUAUAAUAUUUUUCAAACUUUUUGUUUCUCUCAACCGGGGUUUACAUUCCGUUUCCAUCCCCCCUCCCCAAACCCCACCCGAAGGAAAAAGCCACAAUAUCCCACUCGAAGCCUCCACAGGACUGCGAGACCCAUCCUGUGGAUUAUUGCCUGAAAAAAAAAACACCUCUUUUCCAAAUAAGCUAUUGAUUCUAAGCAAUAUGUGUUGCUCUCAAUUUAGUUUUGCUCUUCUCAUCCGGUUUCCUGGUUUGGCCCCGACCUGACGGAUCGUCUGGGCAGCAGGGUUUCAUGCGGUUCUUUGUCUAAAAAGAGGAACCCCGUUUUUUUUUUU